UCUGUGACAUAGGCUUUUGAUACUAGAGAAAGCCGCUUCCAGGGAAUGAGCCCCUCAGUUCCCACUGGGGGCGGCAACGCCGCCCCUUAGGCAAAGCUUCAGUCUCUGGGAGCCAUUUACCUGCUGACCCUACUGUUGCUGCCACUGGGUCUGACGAUCACCUUGGUCAAGGCCAGGCUGAGUGAGAGGGACACCACUGUGAAGGGUGACAAGUGGCCAGGGGAGCCAGCAUGCCAGGAAAUCAGGAUGCUUCUGUGUGUCAGGGAUAGAGGGGUAAAACCCUGCACCACAGAAGAGCUGUGCCUGAAGAAGGCCUUGGGGCACCACUACGACGGGAAUUCAGGGUCUUCCAGACUGGGUCUUCCUCUCGGUUCCACCCACAGAGUUAGAGUUGCCCCUCGGCUCCCAAGGGACAGCUCUCAUUCCCCAUUUCUGUACAUCUCUAGCGAAUGGCUAAGAAAAAGUGAAGAGCCAAGCUUAGAUGCAGACUCUGGACUGAGCACGCGAGAGACAAGAAGAGGCUUAGUGUCCCCUGGGCCUUCUGCUGACGUCUGCAGCGAGACUUGGCAUCAGCCACACUGCUGUGGCAGAAGGCAGUCUUGAUCACCAGCCACAACUGCACUCAGAGAUCCCCACACCAACUAGGCAGGUCUCUAAUUAGUCUUGUGGCCCCACCCACGUUUUUCCUGGACUCAAGGCAAUGUUGCCUCAAAACAAGGACCAGGUGCUGCUACAGAACACAGUGCCCCCAGGGUGUCCCCCUCAGGUCCUCUCAGAGUUCAUUGACUCCCCUCCAUCCAACUUAGCAUCUCUCUCCCCCCAUCAGUCCCUCCCUCCUUCCCAACUACAUUUGCCCUCUCACAGGCCAGCCUAUUUUUCCUUCUCUUCUCCGCCACAGCCCCACUCUCCUGGGCCUCACUUCUACUAUCCUGACUCAAAUUCUGACUUUGUUCCCCUCCCAGUCUCUUCCUCUCUCCCAAGUUCCCCCACUUUCUUUCACCAGAACUACCCCUGUCUUCCUUCACGACACUCAUCCCCUCCCCUCAACUACCAGCUGUGCACCUCCCCUCCUCUUUCCCAUUCCUCUUCUCUUUCCCAGGUACAAAAUUCCUCUCCUCACUCUUGCCAGUCUCCUCCCCACCUCCAGGGCAUCCAUAGUUCUACAGUCACUUCCCCCAGCCCCAGCCCACCUUCUCAAGGGAUUGCCAGUAACAAACAAACAUGGCAGUGUCCUCAAUCCAAAAACACCAGGUCCCCUGGGGUGGCAGGGGGAUGCGUGGCAAGCAAGGUGGACCCUGCAGAAUUCAAGGACUCAAUGGCCCUUGCCCAAGCCCUAGUCGACCGUGUGGGGCUCCGCAGAAUUGCAAGAGAUCUCCAGCUACUGUUUCUGCAGCACCUGUGGCUCGACACAUCCACACCCAGCCUGGCUCCAGUCGUGGAGUAUCCUGUUUGUCUACAGUGCCUCCAGCACCGCACCCCAUCUUGCCCCAACCCCAAGUACAAGAAGUGGGCAGGGCUGAUUGCCUUCCCUCAACUAGAGCCCUGUGCUCAGGGCCAGGAGUCUGGGACUCGCCGCCUAGGUAUUGGCUUCGGCCUCCGCUUGCCUCUGAGCCAGGCCAAAGCCUUGCAUCUGCUACCAUCAAAAAAACGGCAGGAAGCAAGGCCUCAAGGAGAGGUCGCCCAGAGUCAACCACCUACAACCCAGACACCAGAAGCUCAAGUCAUGGACACACUCUCCCAGGCCGGGACCCUCAAGUUUGUAGGCCUCCAAUCACCAAAAUCCAGCCAAUGUUCCGUGCCUCUAGCUCAGGCACCAAGACGGGCCACUGCCGCCCCAAGGGCCAGGUCGUCUACAGCCCCAAAGAGGUCGGUGUCUCCAGAAUCUGUUCUCCAAAAGUUACCAUCUUAAUUCCAGAGCAGCGGAGACCCUAUGGAACACCCUCUCCAAACCCCACCAUCCCUACCAGGACUUCUCAGACCUUAGGAAGCCACAGCAACACCUUGAAGGGCUGGCUGGCCGGAGGCCAGGUGUGUUCUCCCGCCCUGAACCCCGGAAACCCCUUGUGGAGUCUGCUCUCCCCUGGUUGAAGAGGACCAGAGGUCCCCAAGGCCCCAUUCAGCCUUCACUGUAUCCAAUAAAGCCUAACCCUGAGGA